AUGAGCAACCGGUUUGCAACAAGCGUACAUACCUUCAAGAUGGCCCUUCCAAUCAGCAGUCCAUCGCCACGUCUGGAUAGGUUUGGACAAGCCAUGGAAUCACUCUAUGGAAGCUUCACCGACAUAGAAAACCCGGAAAAGUGGAAGCCACCCUUGAUGUCAGGAGGCCACCGUGGAAGAUACUUAUGGACAGACGCCUUUGGGUUAAUCAACCUGAUCACGAUGCAUGGGCAGUAUAGCAGAUUUGGCAAUGACACGGGAGACGAAAACCGUUAUCUCAUACUUGCAGACUCCCUCAUCGACACUGUCCAUGAAGUUCUGGGUAGGCAGCGAGAUGGCCGUUCACGACUCCCCGGAGCAACAGACGAGAACCCCUUAGGUGGUGGAUUGAGAAUUGGCAAAUCAGAUGACCAUGGAUCAGAUGCCGAUGGGCAAUAUCACCAUUACCUGACCGUGUGGAUGUUCGCAUUGAACCGGAUGACUCGAGCAUCGGGCGAUGUGAAAUAUAAUCGAUUGGCUGUACAGUUGGCGAAAGCCAUUCAUCCAAAGUUCUUCAUCGAUCGGGCAGCGGCAGAACCGAGGAUGAUAUGGAAGAUGAAUGUGAAUCUUUCAGAGCCACUGGUAAAAUCGGAGGGAAAUCUUGACCCAAUCGAUGGUUAUGUUGUUUUCCGACUCUUGCAAGCUUCAGCCACGGAGGCAGGAGAUGGCGAGGUUUUGGCGGAGGAGAUUGGGGACUAUAAACGCACCAUGGCUCGCAAGGGGGAACACUUUGUCUCGAGUGAUACGCUGGACUUGGGAAUGACACUUUGGACGGCGCAUUGGUUCUGCACGACGGAGGACUGGGCUGCUGAUUUGACAAAGAAGUGCUUCGACCAAAUAUACAACCUGUUCGAGGUCAAUCAGUAUUUGGAGCGCAAUAUAAAAUUCAGGCUGGCCUUUCGUGAGUUUGGUACGUGCAUGGGUAUCCAGUGCCAGGCCGAGAUGCACGCGGAGAAAGAUCGUUCAGUCGAUCUGAAGUGUUACUCCGAUGCCAUUAUUGCUGCAUGGGAUCCAUACAUGGAGCUGUCAAUAUCUGAUGGUCUGACACCGGAAGACCUGAGGCCAAUUACAAGAGUGAUGUAUGCGGCCGCUUUGAUCCCUGGUGGUGAGUGA